CCUUGUUGAACUUUGUGUAUAGAAGGUUUAGUGGAGAGCUGUGUACGUCACACCAGAGGAGAAACAACAAGAUGCUGAGGAUCUGGAUGAAGGAAAAUGCGCACGUGCGCACGGUCCCUCGUGCCCAGUCGUAUCCUCGAGAUGUCGUCAGAGCUCCCUCUCCUCCUCGUGCCAGUGGAGGAUAAAAAGGCUCACUGGACUCACUCACGUUCGGGUGUUUGUGCUGGAAACUCUCACUAUGCUGCAGCUGCUGACCUUCCUGGUGGAGAAGCUCUCCCUUCUCUCCAAGUUCAAACUUUUUGAGUCCAGCUGGUCGGACCGUGAUCUGGACCAGAGCCGGGAGCGUCCCGUGCAGCGCGGUCCUCCACCUCCCCUCCUCCGCAGGGGAGACCUGCUGGAGGUCCCCAGAACCUUGUUCACCCACUACGGCAUUUACUUAGGUGAUCACAAAGUCGCACACCUGAUCCCGGACAUCCUGCCCGUGUUCAGCAACGACCAGAAGCUCAUCAGCUCCGUCAUCACCAACAAGAGGCUCAUCCUCGGCUGCAUGUACAAGUGCGCCACGGUGCGCGUGGACACCUUGGAGGACUUUGCGUACGGCUCCAGCAUCCAGGUGAACAGCAUGGACCAGGUGAUGAAGAGUGACGCGUUGCCUAACGAAGAUGUGGCGAAGAGAGCCGAGAAACUGAUCGGAGCGAUCCCCUACAGCCUGCUGUGGAAUAACUGUGAACACUUCGUGACUUAUUGCAGAUACGGAUCUGCAGCCAGCAGGCAGACAGAGCAGUUCUGUGGGUUCUUGAAAUCGAUCAUCAGAGACCAGCGCAGCGUGAUGGUCACAGUCCUUCUUGGAAUUGUCUCCAUCGUCUGUUUCGGCAUGGCGCCCUCAACUACGUUACCCACAGUCCUCAUUCCCUUCACUCUGUGGAUGGCUGGUUAGAAGGAGCUCAGCACAACGAACCUGCAAACAAACUGAAGUGAACUCUUACACUGCCUGGCAGUGCCUUACCGGAAAUGUGAUGCCUUAUGAGUCUGCUUUACAGCAAUACUUUGAUUUGUAUUGUGCAGAUGAUGUUUAAUAUUAACACACUAAUUAAUUAAUGAAAUUAUGGGGGCCAUACAUUAAAUCUUUGAGGUAAGAAUACAGUUAGCGACUCAUUUGAGUCACUGAAAAUGUAAAUAUACAGUCCACAACAAAGCCUUAACAUGUUUGUAUAUAUAAACUGUGGUUAUUUUAUAGUAGUGCACUUAAUAUAAUGUUGUAAAUAUGAAAAAUGUGUAAUAAACAAUUUAUUUUUA